GAUAAGGCUGUUGCCAUGGUGAUGAAGGAGAUACCGAGGCAGCCGUCUGCAGAGGAAAAGCCCCUCCUCACCAUGACCUCACAGCUGGUGAGUGAACAACAAGAAAGUAGGCCUCUUCUCAGCCCAUCCAUUGAUGACUUUCUGUGUGAAACCAAAUCAGAAGCAAAGGCCAGGCCGGUAACUUCAAAUACAGCAGUUUUAUCUCCAGGCCUGGAUCUUCUUGAUUUGAGUGAACCAAUUCCACUCACUCACAGUAAAAGGAAAAAGUCAGAAACAGUUCUCAAAGGUGAACCCUCUAAAGGACAAUCCAUUAAAAAGAAGACGGAUGACUCCGACCUCAUUAAUUCUGAGACCGAAAGAAGCACAAAGUCUGUAAAAAGUCAAGAAAAAUCUUCCUUGGAUUUAGUCCAUAUUCAGACACAGUUGGAAAAAUGGAAUGAUGGGUGUUUUCGAGGUGAUAAAAGCAGCGACAGUCAUCGGAUCCUAGAAAGAAAACUAUCAUCCAAGGCAUCUUCCAAAGAGCUCUUAUGGUCCGCUGAAAGGUCAAAUGCUGAUCCCACCAGAGACAGGAAAAAUGCACUGGAAUCAGAACAACCAUCUGACUAUGAAUUAGCACCUACAGUAAAAGGUAGAGAAUUGCGCUUGGGAGGAGCAUAUUUGUCCAGAAACCAAUCACUAGAGGAAGAAUUUGAAAGAGCAAAGGCUGCAGUUGAGUCAGACACUGAAUUUUGGGAUAAAAUGCAAGCUGAAUGGGAAGAGAUGGCAAGACGGAACUGGAUUUCAGAUAAUUCAAGCUCAUCCAAUCAAUCUGAAGCAUCUUCCAAAGAAACUGGUUACUAUUUCCACACGAACAACCCAUUCAAGGAGUGUUUUGGAGCCUUUGAAGAAGGGAUGAAGAAACUAAAAGAAGGGGAUUUACCAGUGACCAUCCUCUACUUGGAAGCUGCCAUUUUGCAAGACCCUAAUGAUGCUGAGGCAUGGCAGUACCUUGGUAUCACACAGGCAGAGAAUGAAAAUGAACAGGCAGCCAUUGUAUCUCUACAGAGGUGCUUACAGCUUCAACCAAAUAAUUUAAAAGCACUAAUCGCCUUAGCUGUCAGCUACACUAACAUAGGACACCAAAACAAAGCAUAUGAAGCUCUGAAGACCUGGAUGAAUCAAAAUCCCAGAUAUAAGCACCUAUUGAAGGGUAAAUCAGAAUCCCCAAACCUGACAAGGAAGAUGUCAAAAUCUUUGUGGGACAGUUCUUCUCUGGAAGAGGUGAAGGAAUUAUACCUAGAAGCAGCACAUCAGAAUGGUGAUCUGAUAGAUCCUGACUUGCAAACGGGACUGGGAGUCUUAUUCAACCUUAGUGGAGAGUUUGAUAGAGCUGUGGAUGCUUUCAACUCUGCCUUAAUGGUCCGGCCAGAUGAUUAUUCAUUGUGGAACCGCUUAGGUGCAACAUUAGCAAAUGGAGAUCGAAGCGAAGAAGCCGUAGAAGCCUACACAAAAGCACUGGAAAUACAGCCGGGUUUCAUUAGAUGCAGAUAUAAUUUAGGAAUAAGCUGUAUUAACCUUGGAGCUCACAGGGAGGCUGUUAGCAACUUCUUGACAGCUCUAAAUCUGCAGAGAAAAAGCAAAACUCAUCAGCAAGCUCAGCAUCCUGUAAUCUCAGGCAAUAUCUGGGCUGCACUCAGGAUAGCGCUAUCUAUGAUGGACCAACCCGAACUCUUUCAUGCUGCCAAUGUAGGAGACCUGGAUGUCCUCCUAAGAGCAUUUAAUAUAGAUUGA